GCGCUCCAGAGCGUGAGGCAUUGCGGAAGCGUCUUUCCUGUCAAAUAUCCAAACAUUAGCCGCCCAGCAGAGCAGACAGCUUCGAUCAGCAGGGUCAGCUCCCGCCCCGAGGCUGGAACAGAGCCGUUUCCUACAUACACAGAUCUGGGUGCCUUAGGAGAGGGCAAGAUGCUGCAGGGGUCAGUGGACAGCAGUGGCCCCAGGUUUAAUCCUCUGGUGGUUGUGGAACUGGCCUCAGACACCAAAGAGGAAGCCAUUGCAUGGUUACUGAGCAGGAUAAGAGACCCGCAACAGAAUGGAGGUGCUGAGCUCCUGGUGGAGCAGCUGGGGCCUGGAGUUGGAGAUCAGGAGAAGGAAAACCCCAACAUGUUCCUGGUGGGUGCUACAUAUCAGCGGCUGCUCUCUGGUGCAGAAGAGGUGGGGCUCUUCAAGGAGUAUAACGAUGGAUCCAUGAGAGGCUUUACCUGUGCUAACAAACACAACUUCACAAACUUUAAAGGGGACGGGGACGGCUUCCUCAGUCAGGCUGAAUGUCAGUACAUCAUUAAACAUGAGCUGGAUACAUUAAGAGCCAAAGAUGAGACUCAUGUACCAGGACACACCCAGGCCAAGCUGUAUCCUGGGAAAUCUAUCAUUCGCAGACUGCAGUCCAAGGGGAUCCUUGUCCAAAUCUUUCCCCUGCAUGAGCAGGAGGAGCUCAAGAGACUGUCUUUUUCAUGGUACAAAAGGGUGAAGUUGUCCCUUCAGCCUCUUGAUGACAUCAGACACUACUAUGGUGAGGGCCAGGCCCUCUACUUUGGCUUCCUGGAGUACUUUACCUUUGCCCUGGUGCCUAUGGCUCUCAUUGGCGUGCCUUACUACCUGUUUGACUGGGAGGACUACGACAAAUAUGUUGUCUUUGCUGUGUUCAACUUGAUCUGGUGCACUGUGAUCCUGGAGUUAUGGAAGCGCUUCAGUGCCACACUAGCCUACAACUGGGGCACACUGAGCAGGAAGAAGGCCUUUGAAGAACCUCGUCCUGGUUUUCACGGCGUCCUCGGGUUCAACCCUGUGACAGGCCGCGAGGAGCCUCUUUACCCCAACACCAAGAGGCAACUGCGCAUCUACCUUGUGUCCUUGCCCUUCGUCCUGCUCUGCCUCUACCUGUCCCUCUACGUCAUGAUGAUAUACUUUCAGAUGGAGGGGUGGGCACUGUCAGUCCACGAUGAGGACCCCACGUUCUGGACAGGAAUACUGUUGUUUAUCCCCAGUAUUAUCUACGCAGUGGUCAUAGAGAUUAUGAAUCUCAUCUAUAGAUAUGCUGCAGAGUUCCUCACAGAGUGGGAAAAUCACAGGUUAGAGUCUUCAUAUCAGAAUCACUUGGUCCUCAAAGUAUUGGUAUUUAACUUCGUCAACUGUUUCGCCUCGCUGUUCUACAUCGCUUUCGCCAUGCAAGACAUGGUGCUGCUCAGACAGAGUCUGGCCACCUUGUUGAUCACCAGUCAGAUCUUGAAUCAGUUCAUGGAGGCCUUCCUGCCUUACUGGCUCCAGAGAAGACGCAACAAGAAGAUGAUCCGUAAGAUGCAGAAGAGGAGAACUCUGGAGGACAAAGAGCUUCCUCUGGCAGAGCAGGUCCGGCUUGAAGCUGACAUGAGCACGUACCUGGGGACAUUUGAUGACUACCUGGAGCUGUUCCUGCUGUUUGGUUACGUCAGUCUGUUCUCCUGCGUCUACCCUCUGGCUGCUGUCCUGGUGGUGUUGAACAACAUCACAGAGGUUUACUCUGAUGCCUUCAAGAUGUGUCGCGUGUUCAAGCGUCCAUUCUCUGACCCGGCAGCAAACAUAGGAGUCUGGCAGCUCGCCUUCGAGGCCAUGAGUGUGAUCGCUGUUGUGACCAACUGUGCUCUGAUCGGCAUGUCCCCACAAGUCAAGGCUUACUUCCCCGAAUCAGAGACACAGCUCAUAUUGUGGACAGUGGCUAUUGAGCACGGGCUGCUGGCCUUCAAGUUCAUCCUGUCCUACCUCAUCCCAGAUGUUCCCAAACACAUCCAGAUCAAACUUGCCCGCCUGGAGUUUGAAUCACUGGAGGCCCUCAAGAAAAAGAGACAGCUCCAUGGAGGAAAAUGCUCGAAACCUCGGAGCUCAGCAAGGUGGUCCAGUGAGGAGGAGAGGAGGGCCUGCAGAUUCUGACCGAGACAGGCUGCCGCUUCACACAGCUUUAAGGCAUCACACUGUUGUUUACACACAUGUACACGUAUGUAUUACAACACAGUCACAUGUUAUUUUUCAGUUUGUGUGCGCUCUUUAUCUGCAAUGUCUUCACUGCAUCGCUGAAGGGGGCGGGGUUACAGGAGAAACAGCAAACGGAGGAAGAGGUGACUGCUGUGUAUCAGAUGUGUUAUGAAAUAUAGUUAUGAGGUUUUAUUUUGGGAUGUUGAAUACAUAAUGGGAUAAUUGGGAUACAUUUGAUGCUGUAUUAUGACAUAUACUGUAACAAAUAAUAUUUUAUAUUCAGAGACUGUUAUUGAAAGUUCUCUUCUUAAACCACUGAAGUCACUUUGGGUUUAACCAGUACUGUGUUUUGGGAUUAUGCACAUUAGAAAGGUUGUUUAGAAUCAUUGUUAUAGGUUAGGGUUAGGGUUGGAUAAAAAGGGUUAGGGUUGACUCUUCAGGGUGGUGGUGCAAACACAGUUAGCCAGCUUCACCAUAGCCUCCAUCUAAUCAGUGACUGUCCUCGCUGACAGUUAAAUCAGUUCAACUGAUGCUCACUAUCUCCAAGUAUUAAAGCUGCUUUUACUUUAUCAGCAUACUGUAUUCUCAGUUUGAGUUUUGCACUUCAGAUAUGGAAGCAUGUGCAGAAAAUCUAAUGACACCUAAUCAAGUCAAAACAAAUUAAAAUCAUGAUUUAAAAAACUCUAACUUGCUCCGGGCUGCUAAGGUAGAGUCAGUGGAGUCUGAACAGAGCUCUGUCCUAUCAGGUUACAGUCUGUCAGUCAUGUGGUCCGUGUGACUGAAGACCUCGAUGCCUAGAGUGUUUCAGAGCUAAAGUGAAAUGUUUAAUGCAAUAAAUGUGGUGGUACUGAAAUAAUCAGAAGUAUUGAGUGGUCAUGUAUUCAAACUUUUCUUCACCUCCACACAGAGUUCAUGUCAGCCGUUGAUUGUCGGGCUGUCUUAUCUUAGCAUGUGUCGUGUCCGGGGUCUGCUCCUUGACUUCUAGUUAAACCGUGCACUCUCUAACACCCCUGGUGCCUUGAAAUGCAAUGUUUGUUUUUCUAUGCUCUGCACACACAGUCCUCUGUAUUUACAUACUGUAUCUAAACUGAUGUGGAGAAUAAAGUGGAUGGAAACCUCAGAGCUUAAAUAAAUGUAUGAAGAAGGAAAUUAAA